AUGAGUGUUGGUAAAGUAGGAAAUGAAGAUACCUUACUAUGGGCAAUAAAAAAUUUGGAAAACGAGGUUAUUGUUACUGGCUAUUCUAUGGAGUCUGUUAAAUUUUGGGAUCAAAAGUAUUAUUUAUUACUUUGGUCAUUUAAAAGUCAUACUGCGGGUGUUUUGUGUUUGUCUUCUAAUAAAGAAUAUUUUAUUUUCUCUGGAGUAGAUUGUAAAACAAUUAUGUAUCGUAUUAUAAACAAGGAAAAUCAACAAUGGGCAGAUGUUGGUAGAAGGUUCCAUAUACACGAUGUUCGUGUUAUGGCUUUCUAUGAAUCUAAGGAUAUCGAUAUUCUUCUAACAAGAACUGUUUCUCAAAGACCAGUCAUGAGUUUUUCUGAUUCUUGA